AAAGAAUAUUUUGAAUGCAUUUCUUCCAGUAGUUUUCUGGAACCAUCUGUUUAGCAAAAAAAAAAAGGCAGAAUAUUUAUUUUCUCAUUAUUUAAUAUUAUAUUUUAUAUAAAACUCCAGAGGAUUUAUUAAAGUGAAUAAUUUCAUUGCCUUUUUAUAAUGAGAAAAGUUUAUUAGAGAACACAGGGUCAUAAAUAAAGCCUUUUCCUAUAAACCUCUUAAUUGAUCCGUUUGAGCUUCAGUCUGCUCUUUCCAGCCCUUCAAACAUGGUCUAUCUUGUUCCUAUUGGAAGACGUUACAUGGUUUUCAGAGUAACUCUGUAAUCUGCAGGCCAGGGCUGUCCAAUUCCCGCAGGGGAAUAUCAUGGCAUUGUUCAGCCAAGAAUCCUUCUACACCUGGGAAUAAAAGGAAGUGCCCACUGCAAAGACAUUUCCCACCGUCAGGUAUGUUCUCAGUGUGCCACCAAGGAAUAAUUGUUGUGAACCUGGCAGGACCCAGGUGACAGAAGCUUCUGUAGCUCCUGUCUUACAGAUGGGUCUGCAGGGAGGAUUUUUCCUGCUCCUUUGCUGAUUCCUAUACGGAAGCCUGGCUCCCAUGGCAGGGGUGAGUAGUGUGCUCCUGAUGACCCCACAGGCUGAGCCCUGCUUUUGUGGGAUCCAUUCCUGGGAAAUGGAACUACUUUCUCUUAAGGUCCUCUGAGCGGGAAGAACAAAGGCAAAGGACAGAAGAAACCCCACGAGCCAAACAACAUCCUGAAACAAAUCGUGACAGAACUUCACAAAGGGCAUGGGAUGGACAGAGAGGCUCUGUGGAAGGUGGCAUUUCCUGAAGGAAGGGAGGAGAUGCCAGGCACAGGCCCAGAAGGUACUCCUACAUGGAAGAAUGAAGACGCAGGAGACAGCAAGUCGCUGGAGGGAGCCAAACUUCUGGACAAGUUGCUGAGUGACCUGGAGAGACGUCGUGAGAUGAAACGAAAGGCUGUGCUGAAGACUGAGUUUCCUGGAGGAAGCAGUGGCUCAUUGGCAGCCUCUGCUGUAGGAAGGGAGGCGAUGCCAGGCACAGGCCCAGGAGGUAAGGGUGCUGAAAUAGGUUCUCCAGCAGCUGGGAUGGAAGUUGGUUUGGAACCCUUGGGGGCUUCUGCAGUUCCAGGUGUGUCUGCAGGGAGGACUUUUCAAGCUCCAGGGCUGGUUGCUGCACACAAGCCCAGGUCCCAUCACAGGGAUAUGGACCGAAAACCUUUGCGGAAGGCAGCACUUCCUGGAGGAAGCAAUGGCUCAGUGCCAGCCACCGAUGCACAAAGGGAGGAGAUGCCAGACAGUGCCACAGAAGAUAUUAUCAAUGAAACAGGAAUAUAUGCCCCGGAUCCAGUGCGCCUCCCAAGAAUUGUCUGCCCCCAGGAUGUGCGUAGGACCUGCAUGAUAGGCACAGUGGUGACAGUGAUCACUGUGCCACUUGUGCUGAUAGGCUGCUAUCUUGGCAUUCGUAAGCUGUACGAGCACAGAUGGUCAGUUGUUGAUUUUUCUCCACAGUUUUCUUAUAACUCUGCUCCAGCAUAGGUAGCAUGACUGGGAGUCAUGCUACUGUGGAGUUGUAGCCAGUCCAUGGUUGUCCAAAUAAUUCUGC